AUGGGGAGAGAAUUACCUUCUGGCAUCACAAAUUGGUUAGAGGACAGCCCUCUUUGCAGCAGAUUCUCCCAUGCUCAAAUCGACACUUCUGGAAUCCCUCUCAAUGCUAGACUGAUUGGCUACAUGUCAGCACAUACAUGGAACUUCCCAAGCAACAUAAUUUCACUUCUACCAAGCCUCCAACACAUUCCCCUUGCUGGUUCAGGUAUUGAUUCAUUCACCUGGAGGCCAUCAUCAACAGGCAAGUACUCUCUCAAGCACACAAUUGAAGCUCUAGCUCUACCUGCUCCACCUGCCCCAUGGUAUCAGCUAGUAUGGAAUUCACUGUCAAUCCCAAGACAUAGAGUCAUCCUGUGGCUAGCAGUUCUAAACAAACUUCCUACACUUGAUAGUCAAUCCAUGGCAUACAAGCACAUCCUGAACCACUGCACACUAUGCCUCUUCUCUGGAGAAUCCUUGAAUCACAUCUUCUUCUCAUGCUCAUUCACUGCUCCAAUUUGGUCCCACUUGCAAAAUACCUGUGGAUUUUACACAAGAUCUCAGUGGAAUGAUUUCAUUUUUUGGGCUUCACAUCACUGGUCAUCAAAGAGCAUUGCAAAUGCUAUUAACAAACUGGCACUUUCAGCAUCUCUUUAUCACAUCUGGGUUGAGAGGAAUUCAAGAAUCUUCCAGGACAUAUCAAGCAAUCAAAACACUGUCCUAUUGAAAAUCACUAAUUCCAUCAGAGAAAGACUCUUGCCCUUGUCACUCAAGGAUGGGGUGGCUGCUCGGCGUGCCCGUCAGGCUUGGGAUCUUCCCUCUUCCUUCAUCCGUCCUCCUCCUCGUCCUCCGGAUGAGCCUCCAUUGCAGCCGUGA